AUGGCGGACGUAGAAGUAUCGGCGAAGAAAAAGAAGAAGGCAAAGAAAGUCAGCGAAGCCGAAUUAGGGGACAUCCAGCAGAGUGGAGACUUCUUCAUCAAACCAGAGUCCAUAGUCGCCUCUCUUGACACUUCCCAGUGGCCCCUCCUGCUAAAGAAUUUUCACAAACUAAACAUCCGGACUGCUCACUACACCCCUCUACCGAAUGGCAGCAACCCUCUGAAGAGAAACAUAAACGACUAUGUCAGGUCCGGCUUCAUUAACCUGGACAAACCGGCCAACCCGUCCUCUCACGAGGUGGUGGCGUGGAUCCGGAGGAUACUGCGGGUGGAGAAGACGGGCCACAGUGGAACUCUGGAUCCCAAAGUCACAGGAUGCCUAAUUGUCUGUGUGGAUCGCGCCACAAGAUUGGUGAAAUCGCAGCAGAGUGCUGGUAUGCUCAGUUUCCUGUUUGACAGUUGUUUCUCCUUACGGUGUUUAUGA